UCUAUUUUCUGUAAUGGCUGGCACCGUUGGCAAAGGAGACAGGGUGGUAACUAACAACAAGAAUCAAACUCCCAUUCAUGGCACAGUGAGGUGGACUGGAACAGCCGAUACUGAUGGUGGUAAAGUGAAUGUCGUCGGAAUUGAAACGGAUGUUCCCGUCCAAAGAGAUGACUUUCUUAUUACUUUUACUGGAUUGAGUUCAAACUUCAGAUGUGAAAACCCGAAACAUGGAAAAGUUUUUGUUCCUGAAGCACUGGUCCGAACAGAAAUGGAGGAAGUUGAAGAGAAGCUGAGGAGCGUUGAAGAGAGGCAGAGGAGACAAGAGGAAUUGGCACGCCUGCAUGAGGACACACAUAUUGAGAAAGAUAUGUUUCGUGAUGCCAACAUUGAAUCUGUGGCACUGGAUCCAGCCAAACAGGAGAAGAUGAUUCAAGAGUACAACCGGUCUGGAGAAAAUAAGCAGCAGCAAGGAUCCAUUAGUCGCCCCAAAGUCCCAGCCAAUAGCCAUCUACAUCGUCCACUGUCACAAGAUACACGACCAUCAGGGAAUAAUCCUGAAGCUCCACUGUCGACCACUCACAGGCCAAAGUAUCACGUUUAUGACACACUUCCUGACAAACCACCAUCAUCAAGCCUGGGUCAUCACUCAGCUAGUGCAGGCAACAUUCUCUCUCAUCAGAAUUCUCAACCUGGUAAUAUACAGUCUGGAGAGGAUGCUAUGCUCAGGAAGGCUAAUGUUAAUACUUAUGAACAAGGACAAGAAGAAAGACUCAAGGAAUUUAAAAGACAAAGAGAAGAAAAGCGAGAAGUUGCUAGAGUUGUAAACCCUUUUGGCUCCUGUGUCGAUCCACCUGACAACUAUCACCCUGAGAAUCGUCUGCCACCCAUCUAUGACAACAUGCCUGGGGCUGGCAUGAAGCAGCUUAAUACGAAUCACAUUUAUGACACACAUCCUGACAAACAAUUAUCAAGCCUGGGUCAUCACCCUGUGAACCCACAACACCCUGGUGCUCAGCAGUAUCAAAAUACGCAGUAUCAGGCGCAACCAUCUAGUCAAGAAUUUGAUCCCUAUCCAAAUAACAUCCACCCUCCUCCAAACAAUCAGGCACAUGGACAUCCACCUCAUCGUGACACUCCUGGUGAGCACCAUCGAAACACUCCACCACAAGUAAAUGUACCUCAAGAGUACAAUGCCUCAGUAGGAAGCUCCAACCCCUACAACCUGACAGUGGGUUCAUAUGUUCAACUGGCAAGUAUAAAUCCCAAUGACCCACCACGCUAUGGAGUGAUCAGGUGGACUGGCAGAAUAGCUGGAGUGGAUGGUCAGGUGGCUGGGAUGGAACUAGAGGACUACAUGGACGGAUGUACUGACGGAACCCUCAAAAAUACAGGAGAGAAGCACUUCACCUGUACCUUUGGUCAUGGGUUGUACUUCCCACUGGCUAGCCUCCGUCCUGAUGAAAGGUUUGGACUACAAGCUGGACAUGCUGCAUCAUCAGUAGGGAAUCGUGUUGUCCCGACUCUGCCCAAAGAGAACAAAGAUGAUAUCAUUGAGGGGCUUAAACAAGAAAACAGAAAUCUUGAACAGAGAAUCAAAACCAAUCAGGCUGAGCAGUCUCAACAUAUCCAACUAUUGGAAGCUAGGUUACAACAAUUCAGUGAGCGAGAACGUACCACUUCUCAAAAAAUAGCCGAGAAAGAAAAGCAAAUACAACAACUUCAAGGAGACCGACAGAGGGCAUCCGACAGAGCCCAGCUGGCAGAAGAGCGAGAAAUGGUUGGGCGACUUGAAUUAGACGGCAAGACGAAAGAGUUGACAGCACACAACACAGAGGUGUGGAGGAUUCCGGCCAACAGAGUGAUCAUUGGCAGGAGGAUUGGCAAAGGAGGGUGGGGGGAGGUGCUGGAGGGAACAGUGAGCGUGGCCGUCAAGCGACUACACGAAGAAAUUGAAUACCCAAUUUUUAUCGAGAAAAUGGAGAGAGAAAUGAAGUUAUUGGCUGAAGUGCGACACCCAAACCUUGUGCAAUUCAUUGGUGCUAUUUUUGAUGAGCAAAACAAUAAAUCCCCUCCUACCCUCGUUACCGAGCGUCUGGAUAUGAAUCUCCGACAAGCGUACGAACGAAAGCAACUGAACCCAGGAAACCGCCUCUCGAUCUUCAAGGACAUUGCCCUAGCUCUGGACUACCUGCAUCAACGCUACGAUCCCAUCAUCCACCGUGAUGUGAGUGCUCCCAACGUCCUCCUCCAGCGAAUGCCCAACCACCAGUGGAAGGGGAAAGUCUCUGACCUCGGCUCAGCCAACUUCCUGCAGCAUGCUCAGACUAGUGGUGAAGGAUGCGUACUUUAUUCAGCCCCUGAAGUGAUACCUCGAGCUUACAAUCCAAAACAAGAACAAAUUCCACAAACAACAAAGAUUGAUGUGUACAGCUACGGUGUUUUGUUAUGUGAGGUCAUCACUAGCACAUUUCCAGCAGUAAAAAAUUACUGGAGCAUGCUUAAAGAAGUCGAAAAAGACUAUCCACAAUUCCACGAUCUGAUUGCUAGCUGCACUCAAGAGAGCCCCGACAACCGACCAACUAUGGCUCAAGUUCUGAACAUAUUAAAAGAUGACAAAAUGCCUAAAAUUUAGCUAGAACCUUUGACCCUUCCCUUAGUUUAGGACAUGCUCUAGCUUCAAAAAAUGUUUGUGAAACCAAAAUUAAUUC